AACCUUAUACGGAAGUUUUCUUUACUUUUGGACAGUAUAUUGAAGUGUGAGACACCGGGAAGGUUCCCACAUCCAGAGGACUGUGGCAGCUAUGUGCACUGUAUACCAGAAGGUGGCAAUGGUCAGCUCACUACGAGGGAAAAACAUUGUUUCGGCUUUCCCUAUUCCCCGGACGAGCGUCGCUGUGUUUCCCAUGAUCAGCAGCCAGGUUGCACCACUAUGGGAUUAAGGGACAUAAUUCCAGUUCCAGCUCUUCAGUUCCUAUGUGAAGAAGGCAAAACCCUCGCUGGCUGCUACAACUGUAAGACAGCUUACGAAUGCAUUAAUGGCAUCCCCUAUAUCGACGUCUGUGCAGAUACUGAAGCGUGUACCGAUAAUAUUAAUUUUGGUGGAGGGGCGUGUCUGCCGUAUGACUUUGUAAUAGAGUUUAAAACAUGCGAGUGUGAGAAGACAGGAUUAAUGGCCGAUAGUUACAACGAAACGUUUUACAUUUAUUGUGAAGUAACUAACGAUCAUACAACUAUGGAUCUGUAUCAAUGCGAUAACGGGAAGUUGUUCUCAUCUACUAGUCUUACAUGCGAGGAGCCUCAGCCCCCUGUAGUCCCGGAUAUUCCUCCUUGCGACGGAUCUACUGACACCAGAGUCAACCCCAACGACUGCAGUUACUCCUACACCUGUCUCCCUGACAACUCCACUAGAGUUUCACAAUGCGGGCCCAAUGAAUACUUUGACCAAGAUUCAGACUCUUGCGAAAGUGCGUGUUCUUUUGUCACCACAACACUUCCUAAUGCUAAAAAAUGUCAACAUGUAGGAUAUAACCCAGAUCCUACUGACUGCACCAAAUAUUAUGUGUGUUUAACCCAAUAUGCGGAGCCUUAUAAACACGAAACAUGCCCACUUGGAUAUUUUGACCCUAGUGAAAGGAUCUGUGUAACAGGACCCUUACCUGAUGAUUGUACCCCCUUCGAUUAUUCUCAGUGUCCCGGAUAUGACAAACUGAUGUGUUAGACGAACCUUGUGAGCACGACCUGAUAUUCUUAUAAAGCUAUUACGAUGUUCAACGUUGAUGUGAAAAACGGACAUUACUUUUACACACACACAAAAAAAAAAUACGAUAUCAGUGAAGGUUUACAACAAUAAGACCAUUUAUCAUCCAGAAACCUUACCACAGUGUUGUAGUGGCAACUAACCAGUAACAUAAUGGUACUUCGUGGGGUGGAUUGACCAUCAUUAGUUUUUUCUUCAUUUUUGAAAUACUAGACAUACAGUGGAAAUUCAUAUAACCUGUAGUUAGCAGCGGUCACAAUAUACACAACGAAAAACAAAUUUUACUCCAGAAAAAGUGACUGUCCUCCAAUAUUCUUCUCCAGCCAACUAUAGUGAUAACAUAGCAUUUGUUGUGGUGGAGACGGAAAAAAUCUAGAAAAGCUAAAUAAAGUGAUCUAUAAACCUUCAGGCUGUAAAUAAGGGUUGAAGUCUCGACCGUUCAUCAUUGCAGGAGCUGCCAGCAAUCACCGGUUCUCCAACACACAAGUUAUACUUUUGUAUCAAUCUAAUCACAUAUUACUCGAUUAAAUAAUUUCCAGUAGUUCCUUCAUGUGUUAGCCCAAAUCACCGACCAGACAUGUUUUAAAUAAGUGAUACACUGAACAGAUCCGACUGAUUCCGAACCCUUGACCGGUUUCAAACGGAUUCGUUGGACAAUAAAACGGAUUAUAAACAGACGGGGUUUUAGGCGCCCUUAUCAAAAACAAACAAUAUCUAUAAAGCAGUAAUGUAGAGCGGUAAGCUUGUCCUAAUACACAAGUACAGUUAGAAAUAGGAAUACUAAUAGCCAGAUCUUCACUUUAAGGAGGUUAUUAGUAAAAUAUUCAAGAGGUUAUUAGUAGAAUUACAGCCAAUCAACCUCUGAAAUCACAUUAUGAAAUCCUGUGUAGUCUGCAGUGAAUCAAACAAACGGGCUUCCACAUUGAUUAUAUGCCACUUUUGUGGAAAUUGGUGUCAUGCCCCUUGUGCAGAUAUCCAAGAAUUAUCUACAAACGGUAUUAAAUCAGGGAAGUGUUUUUGGGUAUGCCCAAAUGAGAUCAAUCUGUGGACUAAAAUCACAUUGGUAUUAAAAGAGAAUAACAUCAAAGCAGCCUUCAUAGAAAACCUGGAAGCAUUCUAUAACAGAUGGGAAAAUAAAAAGUCUGGGCUGGAUGGUGCUAUCGCCCUUGGUGCGGAUGCUGUCCUGGCCGACAGUAACUGUAAGGCUAGAGGUGCUGCCCUGGUAGACAGUAACUGUAUGAGGGAAUGCAUAUUAAUGGCCUCGAGGGAGACAGGAGAUUUAGUGGGGAAACAAGCGUAGUCAAGGACAAGAUAAAACCAAUAUUAUAAACUAAUAAUACCACAGGAGAUAGCAAAUAAGAGGACUCCACUAGUAAUAGUGAAGAUAUAUUACCAGAAACAACUGGUGAGAGCUCCAUUGGUAGUACUAGUGAGGAUAGGAAUGAGACAGGAAAACAUGCACCAACAGGGAAUACAGUCACAAAAACCCAAGGCAAACGGAAAUCAAGCCUGUGCACAUAUUAUGCCCUUGGUAUAUGCAAGCAUGGGAUAUCUGGAAAAACAGAUGGAACGUGCAACUUUGACCACCCUAGAAAAUGCCGUGCCCAUAUGACAACAGGAAAAUGCAAACUCCCUUCCUGUAAGCUUUUUCACCCUGAAAUGUGUCCCUCUUCAGUACAGGAAAGACAGUGCUAUAACUUAAAUUGCCAGGCACACCAUCUAAAGGGGACAAAAAGAUACAAACCAUCCAGACCAUGGGAAAAUCUGGGUAGCCACAGCCACUCAAGAGGGAGAGGUUUUUAAGUGCCUGGAAGGAAAAAAAAACUGGCAGGAAAUGGCAGAAAUCGUACACCAAAUCCAGUCAUUUCUGGAGUGGAAUCACAGUCGAUGGCCUCCACUCCAAACUAACAGAUACAGAUAUUAGUGCCGGAAAAAAAAGUCCCCCUCCAGUACCACCAAUCCGAUGACAUUCUUCUUUGCAAAUACACAGGGUCUAAAGCCAGCAACGAACAACGAAAUGCCUUUCAUCCCUGAACUGCUUGCAGAGGCAAAUACAAUAUUCGUGGCUUUCACAGAGACCCACAUGAAGGAUCACUUGGACAACGAAAUAUGGAUCCCAGGUUACAACCUAUAUAGAUGCGACAGGCAAAAAGAGGGGGUGGGGGUUGGCCUGUAUAUCGCAGAGUCACUUAUUUGCACAGAACUGCUUAUGCUUCAAAUGAUGUAGUGGAAGUUUUAGCAGUAAAGACCGAGAACCAAAACCUAGUCAUUGUGGUAGUCUACAAGCCUCCGGAUGCAACGUCCCAACAAUUCCAGAAACAGCUGUUGAAAAUUGACCACUGUCUGGAAAAAUCUUCCAGCUCCUGCCCCCAACAUCUUGCUCCUCUGGGAUUUCAACUUAAGGCACCUAAAAUGGAGGAAUAUAGCAAAUAAUGUUGUUGCAGUGACAACACCAGGAGGCAGCUCAGACGACAACUCACACACACACGAGCUUUUAAAUCUCUGCACAAAAUUCAACUUAAACUGGCAAAUAAUAGAGCAUACUAGACUAGAGAAUACACUGGACCUCAUCUUCACUAACAAUGAUGAUCUGAAGCGAAAUGUCACCAUAUCAAAAACAAUAUAUUCGGAUCACAACAUAAUCAAGGUUCAGACAUGUAUGCGCGGAGCCCCAGACCGACAAAAUGAGAUCAGUCACGAGGGAGCCUUCACCAAAUUCAACUUCAGUAACAAGAACAUAAAGUGGGACCAAGUAAACCAAGUCUUAACCGAUAUAAACUGGGAAGAUAGACUAAGCAACACAGACCCCAACUUAUGCCCAGAACAGAUUAACUCUGUGGCACUCGAUGUAUGCUCAAGGCUUAUUCCUUUAAGAAAAAGGAGUAGAUGUAAAAUAGAGACAGGCGCUCUCUUUACAGGCGACGGAAAAAAAUAAUAGCGGCUAAAAGAGGCCAAUAUAUCAGAAAUGCGUAGGGAGACACUGGCCAGAGAAACAGCAAACAUCGAGCUAAAGCUAAAGGAAUUUUAUAAGAGUCACGAAUCGCGGGAAGAACUAAAAGCCAUAAAUGAAAUCGAAAGAAAUCCAAAGUAUUUCUUUUCUUAUGCCAAAUCAAAGUCGAGAACAACAUCCAGUACUGAGCUGCUACUUAAACAUGAUGGAUCCUACACAGAUGACAGCAAGGAAAUGAGUGAGCUAUUCAAGUCCCAGUAUGACUCAGUUUUUAGCAAGCCGCUAACCAGACUGACAGUCGAAGAUCUAAAUGAAUUUAUGAGUGAGCCACAGAAUUUGGUAAACACAAGCCUAUCUGAUGUUAUCCUGACGCCAAAUGACUUCGAACAGGCGAUAAAUGACAUGCCCAUGCACUCUGCCCCAGGGCUAGACUCAUGGAACUCCGUGUUCAUCAAGAACUGCAAACCCCUAUCAUGUUCUUUUAAAAUCCUAUGGAGAGGGAGCAUGGACACUGGGGCCGUCCCACAGUUACUAAAACAACAGACAUAGCCCCACUCCACAAAGAGGGCAGUACAGCAAUAGCAAAGAACUACAAACCGAUAGCACUAACAUCCCAUAUCAUAAAAAUCUUUGAAAGGGUCCUAAGAAGCAAGAUCGCCAACCAUCUAGGUACCCAUCAGUUACACAACCCAGGGCAACAUGGGUUUAGAGCAGGUCGCUCCUGUCCGUCCCAACUACUGGAUCACUACGACAAGGUCCUAGAUGCACUAGAAGACAAAAAGAAUGCAGAUGUAAUAUAUACUGACUUUGCAAAAGCCUUUGACAAGUAUGACCAUGGCGUAAUAGCGCACAAAAUGCGUGCUAAAGGAAUAACAGGAAAAGUUGGUAGAUGGAUCUAUAAUUUCCUCACAAACAGAACACAAAGAGUAGUAGUCAACAGAGUAAAGUCUGAGGCGGCUACGGUGAAAAGCUCUGUUCUGCAAGGCACAGUACUCACUUCCAUCUUGUUUCUCAUCCUCAUAUCUGACAUAGACAAGGAUGUCAGCCACAGCACUGUGUCUUCCUUUGCAGAUGACACUCGAAUCUGCAUGACAGUGUCUUCCAUUGUAGACACUGCAAGGCUACAGGCGGACAUCAACCAAACCUUUCAGUGAGCUGCACAAAACAAUAUGAAGUUCAACGAUGAGAAAUUUCAAUUACUCCGAUAUGGCAAAUAUGAAGAAAUUAAAACUUCAUCAGAGUACAAAACAAAUUCCAGCCACAAAAUAGAGCGAAGAACUAACGUCAAAGACAUGGGAGUGAUCAUGUCAGAGGAUCUUUCCUUCAAGGACCAAACACUGUAUCAAUCGCAUCUGCUAGAAAAAUGAGAGGAUGGAUAAUGAGAACCUUCAAAACCAGGUCGCUUGUUCUAUCUAGGCUGGAAUAUUGCUGCACACUAACAGCACCUUUCAAGGCAGGUGAAAUUGCUGACCUAGAAAAUGUACAGAGAACCUUCACGGCACGCAUAACGGAGAUAAAACACCUCAAUUUCUGGGAGUACUUGAAGUUCCCGAAUAUGUACUCCCUGGAAUGCAGGCGGGAGAGAUACUAGAGGGACUAGUACCGAACUUGCACACGAAAAUCACUCAGUACGAAAGCAAAAGACUCGGCAGACAAUGCAACAUCCCCUCAAUGAAAAGCAGGGGUGUCACUAGCAUGUUAAGAGACAACACAGUAAGUGUCAGGGGCCCAAGACUGUUCAACUGCCUCCCAGCAUACAUAAGGGGGAUUACCAAUAGACCCCUGGCUGUCUUCAAGCAGGCACUGGACAGGCACCUAAAGUCGGUGCCUGACCAGCCAGGCUGUGGCUCGUACGUUGGAUUGCAUGCAGCCAUCAGUAACAGCCUGGUUGAUCAGGCUCUGAUCCACAAUGGUCACAGAGCGGGCCGCGGGGGCGUUGACUCCCGGAGCUCUCUCCAGGUAAACUCCAGGUAAACACACACACACACACGGACAGAGACAGGAUGUUCCUGAGAGGGGACACAGAAAUAAGGGUCACAACUGGAAAGUGAAGACUCAGACGAGUCACAGUGAUGUUAGGAAGUAUUCAGUCAUAGAGUCGUCAGGAAGUGCAAUAGCCUAGCAAGUGAUGUAGUGGAGGCAGGAACCAUACAUAGCUUUAAGACGAGGUAUGACAAAGCUCAGGAAGCAGAGAGAGGACCUAGUAGCAAUCAGUGAAGAGGCGGGGCCAGGAGCCGAGUGUCGACCCCUGCAACCACAAUUAGGUGAAUACACACACACACACACACACACACACACACACACACACACACACACACACAAUUGAAAUGAAGAGUCAGGAACAAAAAGGUUUGGCUAAGAAAGAAAGGUCAACGACAUUUGGAAAAUGACUAAACAUUAGCAGCCAAAUCCGACCCAAAGUUGUUAUAUAGCCACAUCAGGACUAAAGACAACGGUGAAUGAUCAGGUAAUCAUAAUGAAGAAAAACGAGAACUCACAAGUUAUGACCAGUCUAUGAUGAGCUCAACAAGUGAUUUGGGGCAGUGGUAGAGCGCGACACCGAAAGCUGGUCACAAUAUAUACAACUUCGGAAGAGGUGAAGAGGCUAUUGUCUAUGCUGAUACCUCGAGGGCAGUGGGACCAGAUAAUGUUUUUCCGUGCAUACUGAUGGAGCAGAGGUGCUGUAUUUGCCACUAGUAACAAUGUUCUAUAAGUCAAUCGAAACAGGACAAUUAUUGGAGGGAUGGAAGAAAGCAAAUGUAGUUCCAGUUUUUAAGAGAGAUAGACUGGUAGCGUUAAACUACAGACCAUUGUCAUUAGGUUUAUGGAGAAGAUUAUCGGGGGAAGAGUGGUGAAGCACCAGGAGAAGAGUGGGUCCAUGCAUGACAACCAGCGCGGCUUCAGUAAUAGUAAAUCCUGUCUCAAGAGCCUACUAGAGUUCUACGAUAGGAUAACAGAAGGCAGGGGGGAGAGAGAGAAAGAGAAAGAGAGAGUGGGGGGAGAUGGAAAAAUUGCAUUUUCUUGGGCUGUAAGAAGAAUUUUGACACGGUAAUCAACAAGAGACUAGUAUAAAGGCUACAUAAAGCUAUACAUGUAGUAUAUAAUAUUGACAUCUUUUUCUGUUAUGUAGAGCUUGAUCAUACAGAAUGGAUUUAAAUUCAUUGGAGAACAUUCAGAGGAGAAAAAACAUGGAAAGCACUAUAUUGAAACAAGGCAUACCUGACAGGAAGGAGAAAACGAGUGAUUCACUAAGUUCAACUAUAUCCAUAAAUUUCCCCACAGUUUGUUUCUGUACAUCAGAAAAAUGCCUGAUGGUAAUACCUAAUAACUUUCUCGCAGAAACAUCAAUCAGUAGGCUAAAUUUUCUCUAGCUUGUAUUAACGAAGUUCUUCAGUAAAGUGUGGAGCGCUUACAUUGCAAAUUACUGCAAUGCACUAAGAUCUUAGUUUCAGAGCCUUGCAUCCCUUAUUACUAAAGCAUACUUUAUAAACAGCAGGCAAACUAUUUACUAUUCUUAAUGUACAGUGUUCUGCUAUGAGCAGAGCCACACACCACUAUGACUUCCUCGUAUCAUUAUUCAUUCUUUCAAAUGGGAUAUUUUUUUAUUUUGUCUUUCCGAAGAAAAUGGUUGCUCUGCUCUCUUGUUCAAA